UGAUUAAAGCCCCUGAUGUGCGUCCAACAAAACUACAUUGACAUUUUUAUUGUUAUUAAUACCUUGUUUACAUCUUUUUACAGUUCAGGAAAAUAUAUUAAGCAAUUUACAAUGAAAUUUUUGGAUGUAUAUUUUUUAAUUCACUUCUAAAUUUGCAAUGAGCUAAUUUUCCAAAUGUAACUUUGCGUGUGUGAUGUUGUGAUGAAUGAGGCUCAACAAGUUCAAACUGGAGUUCAUUGGCUGAAUGUUGAGCAACCACGUGUUUUCCUGUUCUUCCACUUCUACCAAUGCCACACAGGCAAGCGUCCCGUCUUUCCCACGGGGCCGUGAACGCAGCAGCACUGGAGGGCGUGGCCAACCUGGCCAAACCAGGAAGGUGUUGCGGAAUGGGCGAUGUGAGGUGACACAGCUGCAGGUUCAGAGCCUCCACCCUGAAGCAGCAGACACGGUCGACCCUCCGCUCACCUGAACAGCUCCACCAUGGGCCCUCUUCCUCCUCGUCCUCUUCCUCCUCGUCGUCCUCCUCCUCUUCCUCGUCUUCCUCCUCUUCCUCGUCUUCCUCCUCUUCCUCGUCUUCCUCCUCUUCCUCUGCUCCUCUCGGUCUUCAGUCUGUUGGUUCAAGUCACAGCUUCGGAGUUCAAGAUCUGCGCCUACAAUGUGGAUCGAUUUGACUCUGAGAAAGCAUCGGACUCCAGAGCGCUGCACACUGUGACCCGGAUUGUGUCUCGCUGUGACAUCUGUCUCCUGCAGAACGUGGUGGAUUCUGGAGCCGUCGCCACUUUGCUGGUUUCUCUCAACAGGGAAAGUGACAGGUAUGACAACUACAGCUACCAGUCCGUGUCCAGUAAGAGUCUGGGAAACUCUCCCGAGGACAUGCAGCAGUACGUUUUCAUCUACAGGGUGGAGAACGUGAACGUGACGGGGCAGCAUCAGUACCAGCAGAAGAAGUCCUUCGUCAGACAGCCGUUCGCCGUUCAGUUCCAAAGCAAGAAAACUGCAAUCAAGAGCUUUAUUCUGGUUCCUCUGCAUUCUGAUCCCAGUCAGGCCGUCCAGGAGAUCGACCGGCUCUACGACGUCUUUCAAGAAGUCAGCCAGAAAUGGAACAACACGAACGUGAUGUUUCUGGGAGAUUUCCACGCCAGCUGUGCUUACGUGACUCGAGCAGACAAGAAACACAUCCGACUGUUCAGCAAGCCGUCUUUCUAUUGGCUGAUCAGAGACAAGGUGGACACCACCAUCUCCACCGACACCAACUGUGCUUUUGACAGGAUCGUGGUUCAUGGGAAACCGUUCCUGAAGGCCAUCAGGCCGUUCUCUGCCAAAGUCUUCGACUAUGUCAAAGAAUUCAAACUACCCACGAGCAAGGCGCUGGAGGUGAGCCAAAACUUACCUGUGGAGGUGACGCUAGCGAGCUCCGCCCUUCUCCUUCAGGCCACGCCCCUCCUCAUACUCAUCAGUGCCUCAGCGAUCGUCCAGUCCUUCCUGUCCGCUCUGUGAUCGACUGGUUUCUGUCAACAUGAUUCAGAGUAACUGUCCAACAGACUCGCCUCACCUGGAUUAUUGAUAUGUGACCAAGCCAACAGAUAAUAUGAGACAUAACUUCCUUUUUUUCAUGCCUUUUAUUAUCUCUUCAUUUUAUAAAGGUCAUUUAAGCUCAUGUUUAUUUUCUAAUCCCGAUUCAUUUACAUCGUUGUCUCAGAUACCAAACCAGUAUCUGGUGAUAUCACAUCCUGUUAUGAUCACAAUAUUAUGAACAAUAGCAGUAAAGAUGAUGUAUAAACGGCACUGAUAACAAACAUCAGAUUAAUAUUCAAAUAUUCAUAGUAAAACCUCCUGCUGGUGCCUUUUUAGAAGACGCUAAAUACUAAUCAUUUUUUAUUUUAAUGGUUUAAAAGGAUUUCAUAUUUUUUAUAAUUCCUCAAUUAUUGUAAAUAUUGUACAAUUAAUUUGAAUAUCACAUUAUGUGACUGUUUGGCUUUUCUAGCAGGUGAACCAGUAAAAUGUUAUUUUCUCGUUGUUUGUUCCACUUGUACAGAAACUGAUGUAAAUAUUGUUAGUAUGUCAGGAAAUUGUAAAAUGUUUGUUUUGUGCAUUUUUAAUAAAGUUUUUUUAUGUUAAAACA